AUGGAUAUGAGUAUCGAUACCCUACACGCAGCAAGUAUCAGGCGCAUCCGCCAGGCGUGCGCAAACUGUCGGAGGAAAAAGACCAAAUGCUCCGGCGAGCGUCCGAUAUGUUUCCACUGUCGUCGCAACCGCCUUGUAUGCGUCUACGAGCCCUACUCAGCGACCGUAUGCGGCGUGAACCCUACAGCCCCGAUGUUGACGACGACCAUAUCGAACAAUCCGAACAAUCUGACCAAUCCAAAUAAUCUCAAUAAUCUCAAUAACACAGAGCUUCUAAACCGUAUUGCGACGAUCGAGUCGCGCCUCGCGGAACUUAGUGAACAGAGUGCAAGUUUUAGGGGAAAUCUGAUCGCCAAUCCAGACUUGAAUGGUGCUCAAAAAGUCCUACAAACUGGCCAUACCCCAGAUGCUCUCAGGUUCACACCACUGGCAAGCUCCCCUAUAGAUCAUUCAACAUUUCCUCCACCUCCUGUCCUCAACUCCCUGAUUGAUACUUAUUUCGAGCAUGUUCACAAUCAGCCAUAUUCAUACUUUCAGGAAGCCUCAUUCCGCCAAAAGCUGGAAGCUCAUUCUCUCCCACGAUGUCUGGUUCUAGCUGUUCUUUCAUUUGCUGUCCGAUUCUCCACGCAUCCUUACUAUAACGGAAGGACACACGAUGCCUCGAACAACUAUUCCCGAGAGUCAUGGCUCUCAGUUCUGACUGAGCAUUUGUCGGUGGAGGUUAGCUUAAAUGUUCAUGUAGUCCAAACAGUUAAUCUAUUAGCUGUGGUGGACUAUACGGCUGGUCGCGUGAGCUCAGGUUGGCUGAAAGUCGGACUGGCUGCUCGGAUUUCUCAAGAUCUUCAUCUGAUGACAGAACCCCAUACGUGGCUACCCUAUACGGAACAGGAAGAACAUCGAAGAGCCUUCUGGUCUGCCUAUCUCAUCGAUAAACUUAUCUCCUGUGGUAGAUCCCGACCUCUGGUUAUUCUUGAUGCCGACUGUACUGUCCAGCUACCUUGCGACGAGCAGACAUUCAAUAAAGGCGAGUGGAAGCAGACAAACACCCUUGAUGAGCUACUCAACUGGAAGUCAGAGCUCGUUGAAAGCCCGAGUGGAUUCGCUCUGGUCCUGCUGAUGGCUUCCAUACUCGGGCGUUGUACAAGGUAUGUCUAUCACAAUAUAAAGACAAAUGACAUCCCGCCCUGGGACACCAAAUCAGAGUUUGCCGCCAUCAAUUCAUCCUUACUCCUGUUGGAGUCAUAUUCCAAAAUUGGCACAUGGGGAGUUGCAAAAAUUAUCCGACAGGAGGGACAAGACCAGCGGCAAAUUGGACAUCUGAUCUUUGCCCAUGCUCUAUUCCAUCUUUGUCACUGCCUCUUGAAUCAUCCUUUCCUCGUUCGCUUGCGCCUCAGCCCGUUCGGCUCCAAGGCACCAGCUAGCUUUUCCAUUCGAGCGCUUGAAACCGGAUGUGACCAUGCGAAAGGGCUGAUGGAUUUGCUGCUAGAGGCGACAGAAAGUGGGUGCCGUAUCGAGUCUUCAUUUUAUGCCUACUGCAUUGCUGUUGCUGGGGGCAUUCAUUCACUUGCCUCACAUUUUGAGCAUCAAAGCGAAACACGUCGCCAGUCCGAUAGUCUGCACUACUACAAUCAGUGCCUAGAAGCACUGGAAAGCUUAGCCAAGCUCUGGGUUGUUCGACUUCGAGAGUUUCACAGCAUCUCCCAUCGCUUUUCUAGCUUGCUGGAUCCUAUGUGCUUAGGUCAAGAUCUGAAUACUUCCUCUGAGGAAUUUUGCUGGUCAAUGAUAGAUUACGCUAUAUUGGGGGCAGAACCGCACAAAGAGCCGCUCACCUCUAAUUCCGCCACCUCAAACCUGCCGUCUCCCAACUCUUUGAGUCUUGGACCUCACGUUCUUAGUACACCACCCUCAAGUGCCAAGACUCGACUACAAGUUCAGGUUCAACCACAAGAACAACUUCAUAACCAUGGUAACGAUGGUAACAAUGAUACCGUGCAUGAUGACAGCGAGUAUAACAAUGCGCUCGAUCUCUUGUCCCAAACGAUUACCGAGGGUGGAGUGAUUAGUCUAUACAGUGGCCUUGAAAGCUCGAUUUUGGGAACAGCGUCCAUGAAUUUUGGAUACUUCUAUUGGUCUGCAGCUAUACGAAGCGAACUUGGCCUCGGUGCUAUUUCUGGCACUCUGGCGCAACUUUGUACUAAUCCAAUUUCUGUGGUUUCAACGCGACAACAGACUCACAAGUAUAAAGAGGCUAGCAUGAGCAUGUGGGAGACCAUAACAGACAUUCUCGCGAGCAAGGACGGAUGGACUAGGCUCUGGAGAGGCUUCAAGGUCAAUUUGAUUCUUGUCGUCAAUCCAAUGAUCACAUAUGGGGGCUAUGGAUGGUUGCGAGGAACUUUGGUCCCUCUCAGGAAAGAAAUCAGUUCUUUCGAGGCCUUCGCUCUCGGCGUCUCUUCCAAAGUUCUCGCGACCAUCAUAACACAUCCUCUUAUUGUGGCCAAGACAAUGCUACAAUCGAAGCCGCCGCAGGCUCGCAAGGGUAUCCCUUUUCGAGGAUUCAUAGAAGUUCUCGCUUAUAUCAUCAAGAAUGAAGGAAUUUUGAGACUGUACAAAGGACUGAGCCCCCAGAUAAUAAAAGGCUUCCUUGUCCAAGGCCUAAUGAUGAUGUUGAAAGAAAGUACUCCAUUCGCCGACCCCUUAUGGCUCAGUCGUGAACAUAGUCCUUACUACACCGAUUCCCAUCGACGGCUACAGAAGGAAGUUCGAGAAUAUGUUGAUGCUCAUAUCACUCCAUUUUGUGAGGAAUGGGAAAAGCAAGGCUUUAUUCCAUCCGAUGUUCAACAGCGCCAUGCAGAACAGGGAUAUACAGCAGUCAGCGCCUUCCCUCUUGCAGUGGACUACCUCGAUGGUCAGCGACUUCCUGGCGAUAUCAAGCCGCACGAAUGGGACGGAUUUCACGAUCUAAUUGUCAUCGACGAGCUGGCACGCUGUGGGUACCUCGGAAUUGUAUGGGCGCUUGGCUGCGGAAAUUCGAUCGGGGCACCGCCAGUGAUCAAUUUUGGAAAUGCUGAGCAGAAGCAGCGAUUUCUUCCUGAUAUGGUUAAAGGAAAAGUCAGGUUCUGCCUAGGUGUUACGGAACCGGAUGCUGGAUCUGACGUCGCCGGUAUAACAACUACGGCUGAAAGAAAAGGUGAUUUCUAUAUUGUGAAUGGAGCCAAAAAAUGGAUCACCAAUGGCAUAUUCGCCGACUAUUGCACUGCGGCUGUUCGUACCGGCGGCAAGGGAACCCAGGGAAUAUCAGCGUUGAUAAUUCCGUUGAAAGUUCCAGGUGUCAAUUGCAAAAAGAUUGAGAAUUCUGGCGUGCAUGCGAGCGGCUCUACUUAUAUCGAGUUCGAUGAUGUGAAGGUACCUAUCAACAACUUACUUGGGAUGGAGAACCAUGGAUUCCCUGUUAUCAUGAACAGUCAGUAUCAUAGUGACAUUUACAAAAUUGCAAACGUGUAUGGAUUUGAGCUGAUGUUGAUCCUAGACUUCAACCAUGAACGUCUUUGGCUGGCCUGUACAUCCCUUCGUAUGGCUCGUGUAUGCGCGGAGGACGCGUAUCGGCAUGCAAUCACUCGGGAAACCUUUGGCAAGAAGCUAAUUGAGAAUCAAGUAAUAAGGUCAAAGUUUAGUGAAAUGGCCCGAAGCCUCGAUUCAAGCUAUGCCUGGAUGGAACAGCUGGUGUACAUAUCGGAGAUGGCCAAAAAGGAUGGUAAUGACGCCGGGAUGGGUGGUUUGUUCGCAAACCUCAAGGUUCUUGCAGGACGGACUCUUGAAAAGGCCAACCGUGAGUCUCAACAGGUUAUGGGAGGCCUAGGAUACUCGAAGAACGGGCGUGGUUCGAGAAUUGAGCAAAUCAGCCGUGAUGUGCGUGUAAUGGUUGUGGGUGGAGGCAGUGAAGAGAUUUUAUCAGAACUUGCCGUCAACCAAGAGAUCAAGAGGAUGAAAAUGAUCCAAAGCAGAUUGUGA